GGAUCUGCUGACACAAAAGCAUGCCCAAAUUGACGCUGACUGACUGCAGAGUGCCUCAGCCUGUGCUCAGUGAAGACCGAGGCCUACUUCAGUAAGUUAUUUUCUUGCCCUGGGUCCAUUAUUUUCUAGACAUCUUUUCCAUGUGAGUUUUGUGUCAUUGCUUUUGUAGCUUUAAUGGACAGCAAUUAGUAGGAUCACACCUUUCCCCUGUUGUAAAGUUCAGCAGUACAUUGUACCACACACACACACACACUCCCUCCCUCCUUCCCUCUUCCGGCCUUUUCUUGGCCAUUCAGACAUAAUCUCCAAUGGUUCAGUUAAGUUUCUGGCUAGCCCUCUGAAGGUGCUCAGAUGUAGGUCCUUAGUUUUUCCCCUGUGUGGAAAAGCCUGAAGAAGGGAGAGGAAACUCCACAGAUUUCAGAGAAGCAUCUCUGGUUUUCUCCACCUGCCUACAGGGCACGUCUCCUCUGAAAAUACGAUGAUAGGCCUCCCUUAAUGAUAGUUCUCCUCGCAGGCCUCUUAAAUGGAGAUGGCCAACCAGAAAAGAAAUGUCUAAAGCGUAAUAACCCUUCAACAGAUUCUAAGCUGGUUUCAAUGGGCAUGUCCUGUUCUCCCCGCCUACAGGCCAUUCCUUAACCCAUGCUCUAUUCCCAAGGAAAGUCACUCAGACUCACAGAGUGGGCUACAGUUCCACAAAAGGUGCUUUACAUAUACCCGGUCCUCCCAAAUCCUCAGUGGUGGAGGGAACGGUCUGUCCCAGCCAAGGUGUAAAGGUGCUUCAGCCUGCAAGGUGAUCUCAACCUCUUUCGUAGCUGACCUCGGUGGAGUUAGAAGGAAUAGAAAAGCUGGUGAAAAGGAUGAGUCUGUUCUCUCCCCUCCUUGAUGAAGCCAGAAAUGCUUUGGCUGCUGAUUUGUGCUGGUUCUGAAAGGAAGCCUUGACAGAAAUAUAGAGUGAUCUUUAGCUGGGCUUUUUAAUUUUCCUUCUGUGGCUUUACAUGAGUCUGCAGAUAAGUGCACACUGGCUUUGUCAUCCAGACCUCUUGUACAGACCCACAUGUCCCAGUGUCUCCUUACCUGCUUUUCUAUACUAACAAGGAAUGACAUUUUCUAAAGAACUGAGUGAUUAGGAACCUAAGUCUCAUUUUUUAAAAUGACUUGGGUACUUGGAACAUCUAUCCAGUCAAGACCUUAAUUUCUUCUGAAGCUGCCCACAUCUUCUUUCUGUAUUUUUCCAUGUCAUGGCAAGGUAGUCCAGAAGCUCAGCCAUUUAUUAAUAAACAUUGAUUUCACUUCUUUCUCAUAUAUGAACCUACAUUUUCUCCACUGUUUCUUUUUCCUCUUUUAUAUUUACCAGCACUCUUGCCAUUACUCUACACCCCAUAGUUAUCAUUAACUUUAGCUGUCCUUAUCUUUCCCCUCCUUUUAUCUUUACCCAGCACAACUUAACUGACUCAUUUUUAGUUCCUUCUUCCUCGCUCCAUUUCCAUUACCAGUUAUUUUUUGCCCUCAGAACUUUGAGCAGCCACUCAUAAAAAGGUAAACAGUUGUGGUUUUCUGUUCCUGAAUAGUUCCUGGGGGUUUGUAGUAUGUUUUUUAAAGAGAUGUCAGUUCUGUCAUCUUCAUUGGCAGGUUUAAUACUUUUACCUAUUGCAUUCUACCCAGAAGGACCCUGAUCCUGCAACCUGGGCCCAUUGAAGUCCAUUAUGUUCUCCAAGGAGCCACUCACAACAAUUAACUUACAGAUUCAGGGUCUUAUUAAACAGUGUGUAAUAGAAGUGUGAUAACAGAAGCAUAACCUGUAGUUAAGGAGCAACAGGUGCCAGCUCCUGAGGUAAAACAGUAAGACGAUGCUCUGCAUUGGCGCACAGGUCUGCCUUUGUAUGUCCAAUUGCAGACUCAGCAUCUAGAUUCUCCUUGGUUUACUUUCCUGAAUUUACUAACCUGCUCCUAACUGCCCUGUGAACUCACUGUGCCAUAAUGAGAUUCCUCAUAGUCACUAGCAUAAAGAUUACCUGUUACCUUCAUAGGUUACUCACUUGUAACUCUCUCUUGGAAAAGGAUUUAUCCAGGAUAUCUCUGGUGCUAAGAAUCUCUGUUUCCUGAUUCAUGAUGCUUACAUUUAAGAAUUUCUUGCUGUCUGAGUCAGGACAAAGUAAGCAGUUCUUACACUGCCUGAAUAAGGUAAGGACUGCUGCAGUCUACAGAUUGCAUCUCGCACCCAUAGUAAUUUUAAUUCUUCACCUGACUUGAACCCAAUUCACAUUGAAAGCCAAUAUGAACUUGACCUUCAAAUGUCUGUGGUCUAGCGUAUCUGCUGGUUUUGUACCCAGAUAUUUAUUGGGUGUGAUAUUUUACUCAAUUAUACAAGUGCAACCUCUAUAGUGUAAAUUCAGGCACACUUACAUAAAGACCUUUCUACCAUUUGGACAUAAAACUGGCCUUGUUCAAAUGUAAGAGCAUACCCACACUGAAUUGUACUGCUUUCACUGUACCUGGAUAUGUGAAGCAAUAUGACAUUGGCAGGUGAGGGAGGCAAGGAUUUCAUAUUUUAUAUCUUUUAUCUUGAUCUAUUUUAUUGGACCAAUUGUACAGUUGAGAGAGAAGUUGGACAAGUUUUCCAGUACAAAGUGCCCGUUUUUUGGUCUACCUUUGGCAGUUAGUCCAGGCUUAAGGUCAGAUCCACAAAGGUGUGUAGGUUUUUAACUCACCAUUAAAAUCAAUUGGUGUUAGGGCCAUACAUAAGAAUUUGGCUCCUAAUGUUUUUGUGCCUCUAGGUCUUAGUAAUUUAACUGGGCUUCGGGAUCCUAAGUCACUUAGGGCAUAGGGCCUCUCAGUGCUGUGCCCAGGAACACUGCUGGGAAGCAAAUACUCCCAAUACUCACUCCCAUUCUGCAUUUGCCAGGUGCCAGAAAUUAGGUAAUAUAGCUUCCUUAUGCAGUACAUGCCACUAAGCUAGGACCCUGACAAAAAAGCUUGAGAGAAGUGCUGAGCAUAUAGGCAAGGCUGCUCUAAAACAGCUCCCUGGCCUCAUUUCUGUCACAACCCAAGGGUGUGAUUUUUGUUUUGUGUGCUUUGGCACUGCUAAAUUGUUCCCACCAAAUUGCAGCUUCUUUGCACGGUGGAGUUUUCCGCUGCAGAGGAGAACCCCGGGUGCAAAAGAAUUCCCUCCACUAGUAGCUUUCUUUGCAGGGUGCAUUUCUUCUUUGCAGCACAGAAAUGCACUUUGCAAGGAGUUCCCGCCAUUCGUAUUCAAAUUCGUGCCCCACUAUUGGAUAGUUCUAAAUUAUUCCUACGUGGCGGCUAGCAAUUGGCUUGCUAGCCAUAUAAGAGGCUUGAGUGGUUUCCGCCCAAGUUGGAGGACUCCACGAACACCAGGAGGAGGAGACUUCAUGCUGUGUGAAGAUCUCUAAGCGCUGCGGAUCCUUACGGACCCAACGCAUUUGUUAAGCAGGCAACAGAGGUCUGAUCAGCCUCUAGCCUCUCCCCAUCACCGAGUGCAAUCCUCGAUGUAUCCCUCUUCCCUGCGCGCAAACAAGGAUCCACGGAGCCUAGCAAACUUCGUGUGAGUGAAUUGUGAGUGAAUCCAGAGCUCUUGUUUUUUUCGAGUACUUUCUUCGGUUGGCGCAACAGGCUCACGGUUUAGAGCCUCCAACCGGAUAGGCUAGAAGAGUGUUUACGGGAAGGAACUCUAGUCCGCCUCUCUUCUUUUCUAUCUGCAACUGUAACUCAAGCAAGUUUUCCUGCCUGCACCGCGACCAUCUUCGGUGUAAGUAAAUAAUCUUUAAAUCAACCAUUACGCCUCAGUGACUAAUUCUAGCUCGCCCCCGGUCUUCUCCGACCCUGCGUGCCCGGGCUGCUGGCCACAGCCCGCGUGCGCAAAGACGGGCCCGGCUCGCCCCCAGCCCGCACAUGGCGACGAGGAUGGGAUCAGGAGAAGACACGUUAGAGCUAGAAUUGGUUAAGAACUGCCCUUGGCGCAAUAACCAACACCAAGUGAAAAGCUUUGAGGAACUAGAGGCACAUAUCGCUUACCACCAGGCGGGCGGAACGGGUGAAAGAUUUGUCAGCAGAUGCCUGUCGCUGAAGGGAGAAGAGGGAGUCUCCGAAGACGGAGCCCCAAGAGAGAGGGAAGUGUAUUUGCUCCCCGUGGCGUUCGGGUGUAGAAUGAGAGACGAGCGCGUCCUGUUCAGGCCCCUCGAUACUGUGUCCCUUGCCGGACCCAACCCGGCGGGCGAAACAAACCCGACCUUCACCCGGGAGCGUGCCUGAUGCCUACGAUAUGCUCGGGAAAGUGAAGAACCGGAGCCAAUCGGCCGGUUCUCUCCCCUCAUGGCGGCUAGAUUAAGGGGUUGCGAGUUACCAUCCGAGCUCCGCAAAGACCUGGAAGCGGAGGAACGAGCCGCAGAUGAGAGGGUGGCCCCGUGGUACGACAAGGGGGGAGAAUGUAGUGCAACUUUUCAUACUGUAAUGAAUCUAAUGCACAAGAAUUUAAGUUUGAAAGCACAGCUGCAGAUGGCGAUCCAAGCGGUCAAAGAAGCGGCUGAGAAAAAGGAGCCUGAAACGCCAGCCCAAGAUGGCGCCGAGCAAGAGGGAGACCGCGUGGAAGAACCGAAAAAGAAAGGUGGAGCUUCGGAGGAACCCGCGAGAGUUCAGUCAGCGACUCCGCCCAUCGACGCAGCGUCGUCGCCGGCAACCCCGCCUAGCGACGCAGCGACGCCCCUACCGACCACGCCUUCCUGCCGACGAAGGAGAGAGUCAAGCGGAGGAGUGCAUCUGCCCCUCCUGCCUGAAGCAGCAACAGCAGCAGUGACUCCCGCAGCAGCAGUUCAGCCUAUAACAACAUCAACUCCCGAAAGAGUAGCUUUCCCUACAACAAUGACUAAUCAAAUUGCUACUGCCUACUAUGCUCGCACCAGAGCUGAGUUGCAGGAUUUAUGUAGAGAAUCAAGAAUCCAGCCUGAAGAGACUCUAGCUGUAUGGUUAGGACGUUUGGUCAUGGAACUUGGAUCUGACCUGCUGAACCAAGAAGAAGCAAGCUUCCUAGUUAGACAAGCUUCGUGGAGUAGAGGACAUGUCACUGACAUCGACAUGAUAACGGUCAACAUUCACUGGCCUAUUCCACUAUCAGCGCUUGUUGCAGGACUAAUUAGUCAAAAAGCCCACGUAUGGCAUGAAGGAAGUCCAGAAUAUACCGGCGCAGAGCAUCUUAUGCUAGCAAUCAUUGGCGUCUCGUACUGUGCCUGGAACCCCAGAACAUGUGCACUGAGACUAACAUCAUUCCAGCGAAUAAGACCAUGGCCUCACCGUCAUCUGCGAGAUCCUGGAACCGUUCCAGUAACCAUUCACAGCCUAGACAGUUGCCUUGAGAUUUAUGGGCGAAAAAACAUCGUCAUCCUUCGAAUUCAGCCCAAUGGUAAACCAGCCUGUGAGUAAUCUUUGUCAGUUGUCACGACUGCAUAUCCUGAUGGAGCCAAGAUUGUCUCUUGAUCGGGACUGUCGACACCUGACCGGACAUCAAGGCACCAGACGUCGUGAAUCCGAUCUUCCACCACUGCCACCGAGAACCCUAGAGGAGUGAUACAUGUUUGGAUUUCUCCUACAGCGUUCCAGACUCAACAAGCGGCAGCUUCGGAUUUUAGGGGACGCAGGUCAAUGGCAAUUGGCCUACGAGUUAGGUUUUCGUUAUUUAGAAGAGCCAGAUGAUGGAUCCUCAACAAUUUCAUCCAAUUGAAAAUAUGACCCAUAAAAAUUGUGUAAAUAUGUUGAAUAAGAUCAUUAAUCUAUUUUUUGAGAGUUUUUGUUUACAGAUACGGAACUCAGAGUGCAUGGUGAAGAGAAGCCCCAAGAAGGAUGACAUCAUCGAAAGAAGUGAGGGCCUGACACACAACUUCGCCAUGAUGCCCACUGAAGCCCUGAUCGUGCAGUUUUUUUGUUAUGAAUCUUAUUAUGCAUAUAUGUAUUUGUGCUGGAUAUUAUUUGAUUUGAUCCCUAGAGGACGAACUUCUUAUGUUAGCAAAUUUUGUGUUUACUCGUUUGGUUCAGCAACCCAUAGUAAGAGCUCUUAAUAACUCGAGUGACGAGCGUGCGGUCUAAUUUAGCUAUGCCUUCAGCAAGGGGGGAUGUCACAACCCAAGGGUGUGAUUUUUGUUUUGUGUGCUUUGGCACUGCUAAAUUGUUCCCACCAAAUUGCAGCUUCUUUGCACGGUGGAGUUUUCCGCUGCAGAGGAGAACCCCGGGUGCAAAAGAAUUCCCGCCACUAGUAGCUUUCUUUGCAGGGUGCAUUUCUUCUUUGCAGCACAGAAAUGCACUUUGCAAGGAGUUCCCGCCAUUCGUAUUCAAAUUCGUGCCCCACUAUUGGAUAGUUCUAAAUUAUUCCUACGUGGCGGCUAGCGAUUGGCUUGCUAGCCAUAUAAGAGGCUUGGGUGGUUUCCGCCCAAGUUGGAGGACUCCACGAACACCAGGAGGAGGAGACUUCAUGCUGUGUGAAGAUCUCUAAGCGCUGCGGAUCCUUACGGACCCAACGCAUUUCUUAAGCAGGCAACAGAGGUCUGAUCAGCCUCUAGCCUCUCCCCAUCACCGAGCUCAAUCCUCGACGUAUCCCUCUUCCCUGCGUGCAGACAAGGAUCCACGGAGCCUAGCAAACUUUGUGUGAGUGAAUUGUGAGUGAAUCCAGAGCUCUUGUUUUUUUCGAGUACUUUCUUCGGUUGGCGCAACAGGCUCGCGGUUUAGAGCCUCCAACCGGAUGGGCUAGAAGAGUGUUUACGGGAAGGAACUCUAGUCCGCCUCUCUUCUUUUCUAUCUGCAACUGUAACUCAAGCAAGUUUUCCUGCCUGCACCGCGACCAUCUUCGGUGUAAGUAAAUAAUCUUUAAAUCAA